AUGUCAACCUCCUUCCUCAAAAAAGCUCGCGAUCGUGCCCAAGAGGCUGCAGCCUCGUUCACGGGCUCUGGCCACCACCAACAAGACUCGAGCAACACGACCACGUCCUCGGCCUCGACGUCGAGCGGCUUCACCUACACGGGCUCGCUCCCCCACGUCCUUCGCCAUGGAGUCGCCUCCCUCGAUCCGCGUUUCGAGUCGACUCGCUCCCUCCACGUCAUGCGUGGCGCCCUCAAGGCCGUCGUCAUAGAUGGUCAGGCCCUAGCACGAGAGACCAAGACGGCUGCUGCCAAGACGUUCAAGUGGGGACAGGAUCAUGCACGCCAGGAUCGCGUAGAUGGGGUGGCGGAUGAGCCCUUGGCUGACAUCACCGACCGUCUUGCGGCCAUUAUGAGCAUCCUCGGCGACCUAGAAUCCGAGCACUCGACCCGCCUCGCAACCGCACGCCAAGAGCUCAAGGCCAUCCAACAAGCAGAGCAAGACCUCGCCGCCAAGCGCGCCCAACGAAUCAAGGUGGUCAAGGAGCUCCAGUCCCUCGUCGGGGAGCGUCAGAAGCCCGGUGGCCAUCCCAAGGCCGACGACUUGGAAGCACAGCUGCGCCAAUUGGAGGGAGAGGCAAAGCAUCCCGAGGAGGAGCUGGCACGCCUGAAGCGCAGGCAGGUGCAGAAGAGCUUCGAUAAGCAGAUGGACUCGUACAUCGAGCACGGGGAGAAGCUGGCCCUCGUUGCUUCGUAUGGCAAGUUGCUCAUGCAACAGGUCCCCACAGACGAUAAGGAGGACCCUGUGGUCUUCCCUGCCACUGAGAAGCAUAGCGUGGGGAACAAGAGCUGGUCGGGCGCCGGAAGGACGGCACAGGUUCGUGCCAUGGUUGAACCAGCGCUCAAGGCUUAUGUGUCGAGGACGCCCGUUCCUAGCCUUCCUGGCGACGCCGUAGGUGCAAAGGGAACUGCGCUUGGUGGUGCACCCGCAGCCACGCACUCGGAUGCCGCCUCAUUUGGGACCAGUCAUGCGCAUGAGCUUGCCCAAGACGACGAAGAUGACGAGUUCCAUGACGCUCGCGAUGCGCACUCUACGCCUACGGGCGGCGCUACGACGGCUCCGGCCGCGCAGCAGCACGUCCUCCCACCUCUGCCUCCCUCCGCCCCUGUUCCCCUCUCACCCUUGCCAGAGAGCGACCUCAAGGCGGGUGGACCGGCCACCUCAGCCGCAGCCGCCGCAGCCGCAGCCGCAGCCGCAGCGCCCGCACAGGGGGAUGGGCAUGCGCCCAACCCUCGCUGGAACCAUUCCCCCUCACACAUCCCUCAGGCAGUCGCCCGCCCUCCACCAUUCGAACGCACAUCCUCGGCCACUUCCCCGCCUCCCGCACCAGGAGGAGUAGGGGCCGUACCUCUCCCUCCCGUCGACUCGUCAACCACCACACCGGCCACGGCCACGGCGCAUGGCGAUGAUAAUGUUUUUGAGGAUUCGGCGCCUCCCGGCCCAACGGUGGCCGAAACGGGCGCCGUACUGCCUUCGAGCCCCAAUGGACCUGGACCGAUUAGUGGCACUUUGGGGAGGAGGAGGCCCAGUGGGGCAAGCAUGAAUAGGCCGCAUCACCCUCCGCCCCUGCCUUCCCGCCCUGCUGCUGGUGGUGGUGGUAUGGCAGGCAUUGGAUCUGGAGGCGGAACCCCUGCAUCACCCGGCGGUCCCGUGGGCAACUCGACGCCAGCGGUCAUGCCGCCCUCUGCUACUUCAUCGUUCCCACCUAGCAUGGGCGGUGCCGGUGUCCACGCACGUCUUCGCCGUGAUGGCACGAUUACGCGUCGUGGCGUAGACUCGGACUUCGAACGUGCUGAGGAGGAAGGUUUGCCUCCUGCUUACGAGGAGAGCGAGACUGCUGGAGGGGGCAGCGGCGGCGGCGCUGGAAUGAGCGGGAGCACGAGCACGAUGGGAGACGUCAAGACGGCGAGGGGGCCGAUGUGA